GGGACGCCGCCUUACGCCGGUAGCGUAAUCGGGGGCGCCGGGGCGCGGGCGCGCGCGGCGCGGGCGCAGCGACGUUGUGACUCGCCGGCUGCGCGGCCGUGAGUGUGCGCUUUUCCCGGGCCCGGCCGCGUAGUCCAGCAGGCAUGAGCUACGACCGCGCCAUCACCGUUUUCUCGCCCGACGGCCACCUUUUCCAAGUGGAAUACGCGCAGGAGGCCGUGAAGAAGGGCUCGACGGCGGUCGGUGUUCGAGGAAAAGACAUUGUUGUUCUUGGUGUGGAGAAGAAGUCAGUGGCCAAACUGCAGGAUGAAAGGACAGUGCGGAAGAUCUGUGCUCUGGAUGAUAAUGUCUGCAUGGCAUUCGCCGGCCUUACCGCUGAUGCAAGAAUAGUCAUCAACAGGGCCCGGGUGGAAUGCCAGAGCCACCGACUGACCGUGGAGGACCCGGUCACCGUGGAGUACAUCACCCGUUAUAUCGCCAGUCUGAAGCAGCGCUACACGCAGAGCAACGGGCGCCGGCCAUUUGGCAUCUCUGCCCUCAUUGUGGGUUUUGACUUUGAUGGCACCCCCCGACUCUAUCAGACUGACCCCUCGGGCACAUACCAUGCCUGGAAGGCCAAUGCUAUAGGCCGGGGUGCCAAGUCAGUGCGUGAAUUCCUGGAGAAGAAUUACACUGACGAAGCCAUUGAAACAGAUGAUCUGACUAUUAAGCUGGUUAUCAAGGCCCUUCUGGAAGUGGUUCAGUCAGGUGGCAAAAACAUAGAGCUGGCUGUCAUGAGGCGAGAUCAACCCCUCAAGGUAAUCACCAAGUUGGUUUGCUGUCCUUCUCUUUGGGUAUGUUCCCAGUGGUCUGAGCAGGGGGCAGUGCACAUUCAGAACUGCUCUAGCACCAAGAAAUGUUCUUUCCAGGGGGCCCCACACAAGUGGAAAAGAAAACAUUCCCACAUUGACCAUCUACACAUUGGUUCCACCUUGUCCCCUGGGUCAGCCACAUGUGACUUCGCUCUCCUGUAGAAGCAGCCAGAGGGGGCAUCUGGGACUUAGGUUUGGGGGCACCUUGUGUGGCUAACCGUACACUGUUCCUUUGGUAGAUUUUAAAUCCUGAAGAGAUUGAGAAAUAUGUUGCUGAGAUUGAAAAAGAAAAA